CUGCUCUUCUUCUCCCUUGCAGCUCCCAAAAACCCCCAAGCUGCCGACUUCCAUACUUGAAAGAAAAACCCGGUAGAAAGCUUGAAAUUUCUCCUUCUUUCUUGCUCAAUAACAAGUUUUAGGACUUAGAAUUCUCUCUCUCAACCCAGAAAUUCCAGAUCUGGUCGGUGUCUCUUCCUCCCUUGUCCGUCGGUUUCUGCUGGGUGUGAAUCCUUCGGCUUUUUCUGUUCCCGUGAGUUUCCCUCCAGGAUCCCGUCGGCUUCCUCACCAGCCAAGCUCGGUUUCUGCUGGGAAAAUUUUGGAAGCGAAACCGAGGAUGGUGAAACCACGGGAAGUGACGAGUUAGAAGGCUAGCCAUUUCGAGAUUGAUAUAGAUUGUAGAAAUAAAUCAUGCUUUUGUAAGAUAGAUUUUACCUUGAAUUUAUGAGAUCAAAAUAGAUUUCGGUCAUUAGAUCAAUUACUUGGAUGUAAGUCAUUUUGGAUAUAGAAAUAAAUUGAAAUAUUUGAUUUAAGUUAUUGGAUAGUCAGAUGUGAAUUGGAUAAGUUCCAAGCCUUGUACAUUUGUGGGACCUUCUCACGAGUGCACAGCGUCUGCCACGUUCUCGGAUUCGGGUCCUGGGGCGUGACAGAUCCUCAGCCAUAACCCAACUCGAUUAGACAUCAAAGGCCGCUUUGCUCUCAUAGCCAGCUCUCCUAGGCAAUUUUUGCAUAUUCUACCUUCUCUCUCCUCACAUUCCAUAUUUGAUUCUCUCCUAAAAUUUGCCCCCAUUAUCUAUGCUCAUUUCUUUAGCUUAUUAUCAUGAAUUGUGGAUUUUGAAGGGGAGCAAUAUGUUUGUUGAUAUUGUGCUAGACUUGCAUGUUUUUGGUGAUUUAAAGGUGGAUAUGCAUGUGUUAAAGGGGAGUUUAUUUGGUUAUAGUUAUAUGCUUUAUGAUGAAUGACAAAAAAGGUGAAAAUUUGCUGAAUUUUUAUGCUUUAUUGUUAUUUAUGGAUUGUUUAUAUGCUAAAAUUUUGGGUUACUCUUUGACUAUAUAUGUGUUGAAAUUUUUUGGUUGCAUUAUGUUCUCAUGCUUGCAUGGCUUGAAACUUGACUCUUUUUAUGAACUUGGUGCUUGAAAAUUUAAAAUGUUUUGGUAUUUGAUGCUUAAGUUUGUCAAGGAAUAUAAGCAUAAACUUAGA